AAAGAGCAGUCCUACUCCGAGCAGCACUCCUCCUUGAUUAACAAGGCCUACCAAACCCUCCUGAACCCCCUGAGCCGUGGCCUCUAUCUGCUGGAGCUGAAUGGAGUGGAGCCAGCACAAGAGACAGACUGUGAUGAAGAUUUGAUGUUUCUCACAGAAAUCAUGGAAAUAAAUGAGAAACUGGCAGAGCCUAAAAACGAGGCUAUCCUUGAAGAAAUUGAAACUUUAAUUAAAGUUAAACAAGAAGAACUGAUUGAAGAGGUGACUGCAGCUUUUGAAAGAGAUGAUCUUCAAGAAGCUAAGAAGCUUCUAGCCAAAAUGAAAUACUUUGCAAACUUAGAGGAUAAACUAAAGAACAAGAAGAUCCCUUCAUGAUACUGCCUCCUUUACCAUUAAGAGUUAAUGUUAUUUUCAAUUAAACAGCUGAUUUAGUUACCAA